AUGUAGAGUGCAUAAAAACUUACAUAAUAAAAUUAAGAUGCUUUCUCUUAAUUCUUUGAUAAAUAUAUAUCAUCCUCCAACAAACUUUAAACACAUAGUGUUAGAGAGCUUGCCUAAAAACUGGCGAUUUAAUAUUUUAGUGGUUAACUUCCUCCUAGACAUUAAACAGAAAAUAAUAUGAGAAAGAAAAGUAGAAAUAUAGUUUAUAAAUAAAUUGAAACAGACGCAAUAGAGAAAGCAAAAGCCUAAUUUAAAGCUAAGAAAGAGAGAAAAGAAUAGCAAUAAAGAAAGUUACCUCCUGUUCCAAAAAAACAGGAUACUUAACCAAGAAGUUUAUCGGUGUAACCUCCUCUUAAAUGUUUAUCUGCUUAACCUAAAAAGUCUAUGCCUUCUACAUAUUUCUAUUAUAUAGGAGAAGGGAACAAUAAUGAGUUAAUUAAAAAGUUACUAGAUGAAAGAUAAAAUUGGGUUUAGGUUAAAGAUGCUAAUGUAAAAAACAUUAAUUUUAAAUGGUAAGAAACAGAAAAAGGAUAUGAAUAUAGAACUUUGGCAGGGAAUUUAAAAGAUUUUAAACCAUAAAUGCUUAAUCAUUUUGAGUUUCAUGCUGAAAUUUCAAAUAAAUAUCACUUAGCAUUAAAUUUUAAGACAUUUUGUGAUGUAAGUUUGUCUAUUAAUUAUAAUCUAUAGAAAAACUAAUUAAAUGUAUAAGAUUACAUUCCAAUAAGUUUUGCCAUAGAAUGUACAAAUUAGAAUUUGAAAGCUGGCUUAUUUCAAUUUUUAACAUUUUAUAGAUCAUAUUGUCCUUAAAAUCAAUUAUAAGAGUUAGAUAAAACAAUAAAAUCAUAUUAAUUUAAGUAUGGUACAUAAUUGGAAAAUAAAAUUGAUUAAUAUCCUACUUUAUUUGCUGGAGAGAAUCUUUGGAUAUUUAAACCAGCAAAUAUGAAUUAAGGAAGAGGAAUUCAUGUAGUCAGAAAUUUAUAAGAGAUAAUAGAUAUUUAUAAUAGAUAUUAGAAUGGAUACAAAGAACAUUUAUUGGAAGUAAAGAGAAAUGAAAAUAAUGAAAUAGUAACAAAAAUUAUUUAUAUAAAUACAUUGAUGACUGAAUAAUUUGUGAUUUAGAAAUAUAUUGAAAAACCUUUAUUGAUUAAAGGUAGAAAAUUUGAUAUUAGAACUUAUGUCUUAAUAACAUCUAAUUUAGGAUUCUUUUUCUUUAGGUAUAGAUUUUAUUUACUAUUUAGAGAAGGGUAACUAAGAUUGGCUACAGAAACAUUUGAUGCUAAAUAAUAAUCAAAUUAUGUUCAUUUGACUAAUAAUGCUGUUCAAUAUUCACAUCCAUAAUAUGGUAAAACUGAAGAAGGCAAUUAAUAUAAUUUUGAUCAAGCUUCAUAAUAUUUUAAAAUUGAUUUUAGAAAAGAUGUAUCAUAUUAAUUUAAUAAAAAAGGUAAUACAAAAGUUGAAAUAGAUAUCUCUUUUGACUUUUACAUGUGUUAAAGGAAAGAUAAAUAAAUAUAAAAGGAAAAAUUGUUUUGAAAUUUAUGGGAUGGAUUUCAUUUUAGAUGUAGAUUUCAAACCAUGGCUUAUUGAAGUUAAUACAAAUCCUAGUUUAGAAGUAACUAGUAAAUUAUUGGGAUGUCUAUUCCCAAGAUUAAUAGGUAAUAACUUAUUCUAAUUAAUAGAUGAUGCAUUUAAAUUAACAGUUGAUAGACUAUUCCAUUAAUAAAAGACACCUUCAAAAUAUCCAUUUCUUAAUUAUUCAAAUGAUGAAAACUUAUGGGAAUAUGUUAGUUAACUUUGA